AUGAAGACCCGGUGCGGCCAGCCGCAUCGACAGAUUCGACGUGCCACAAGCCUGGACGUCAGCAGUGCAGUAGGUGUCAGUGGAAGAGCCGCCCCUAACAUCCGACCACCAGCGGGUGUGGAUGCACCUUCGGAACACCGUUCCACUUUAACGGGUGAAGAAACGCGAGACGCGCAGGAGUUACGCCAUUGCUCGCAAAAUCAGAAGGCAGACCAGAGCGCACAUAAUGACGAGAAAGGAGCUGUAAGAAGUUACGGUGGAGGAGGAUCGCAAGGAGCACCUCUUUCAGCUAGGGCAACGGCUCGGGCGGACUCGGGAACAGCUUCGGUGAUAAUUCAAGCGAGUAUCCAAUUAGGAAAGAGAUCAGUCCAUUACAGCCAUCCGUCAACGCUGCCAGAUUAA